CACCGGAUUACCCAUGGCUAGGGCUCCUUGCAAUCUAGGAGUAAAACAGGGUGAAGGACCUGUAUUAUAUGAUGGAUCCCAAGCAUCGGGACAUUCUCAGAAGGAUGCGGCUUGAGCUCUGCUCGCAGGGGCUAGCUGAUGGGCUUGUGCCUCAGUAUUUGUUUCAGGAAGGUGUCAUUACAAGUGAGCAACUUGAAGACAUUACCUCACAGGCCACCAGUCAGAGACGAGCUAUGAAGCUUCUGGAUGUUCUUCCUACCCGAGGAUCCAAAGCAUUUAAAGUUUUCUUGGUUUCCCUAUCUGAAUUUCCAUGGAUUCGUGUUAAAUUAGACCUACUAUGCAAAGAAAGUCUGGUGGGAAAAACAUUACAUCUGCCGAAUAACCUCAAAGAUAUCUGCCCAAGUGACAAACAGCUGAGCCUUCUGGCAGAUCAGUUGGGUGCCGAUUGGGAAAAAGUACUUGGUUAUCUAGGCUUGGAUCAUGUGGAAAUCUACAAAUGUAAAGUGCAACAUCCUUACUCACUGCACUCACAAGCAAUGGAAGGAUUGGUAAAAUGGAAACAGCACAUGGGACACAAAGCAACAAUGCAAUAUCUUUGGGAGGUUUUACAAGCUGCGGAAGUGCAUCAUUCAGCAUUGGAAACCUUGCUGCAAUUAUCCUGAGGAAAUUAAGUAACCAGACAGAUCAAUCAAUAUCUACAGUGUAUCUCUGCUAUGCCUGUAUGGUAGGGAGAUUAGAGGAACUGGUUCGGAAGUAAACCUGAAAACUUGUUGGCUGUGCAUGAACAACUUGCUUUCUAUUUUAAAUAUCCUGAUGGCUCCUAAAUUCUAUUUCACUUAUUUUAAAGCCCUCUUCUGGACCAAUUCCCCCCCCCCCCCCCAGGUUUAGACAACAAGAAAUUAGAAGAUAAAUAUUUUUUACUAAUUAAAACUUCCCUACUUCCCUGGUGGUUUAAUAAAGUAAGAGUCAAUGUCACUAACUUUAAUUGUCUAAGGUACAGGUGCUUAUUAGUUAACAGUUGGCUUCUUUUAAUCCUAGUGUGUCAUCUUUUGACCAUUUGAAAGAAACGGCAAUAGCUUAUGCGAUCACGUGUAUCAACAUCACAAACAUCACAAGUUACAAUGUACAGUACAAUACAUUACACGCUGUGUAGUCCUCUUCUUACUGGUCUGACUCCUCCCACUAAUCACAUCAUCAAAGGUCCUUUGGCUACACUAAGUCAGAGUUUUAAUAUAGUCCUGUCCAUGAGCUUAAUGAUCUUUCACCCUCUUUUCCUGCUUGCACCGAUCACACAGAUACAAAACUCUCUCAUUGAUCCAGCAGAGCGU